UUGUACGUAACUGACGUCAUCUUACGUCACUUCCGUAAAAUUACUCACGUAAGGGAACGUACCAAAAUUUUAGGAUGGAACUCCCUAUCUGUAAAGGACUUUCCCGAUUAUUUUAGUGCAAGAUGGUACAGAGGUAUUUAUGUAGGUCACCAGCCUCACGUAGUGUAGACCCGUUCAUACAGUACUUGACAAACGGAAGCAACGAGUUUAUUGUCAAUGGUGAAUCACAUUCAGCAAGCCGAAACGAGAAGUCUAGGAGAAGCACCAGUAAAACAAGUCCCAAAAAUGCCGAAAGAAAAAGUACCUCAAAAUCUGCUCAUUGGAGAAAACGUAAUGAGCAGAACAGAUUCCAGUGUGAUAAAUGUCCGUAUUCAACACUGCAUAGGGAUCUUGGUCGACACAUGAAAAGACACGAAGAUGUCCGAUUCCCAUGUGAUAUCUGUAACAUGCCAUUUAUGUUACGCGCUUAUCUCAACAGUCAUAAAGAGGCGGUCCAUGGAAUCCAACGGAAAAAUGCCCGGAAGAUACACAAGUGUCCGGAGUGUGAUUACACGACCAGACACGAUUCGGAUAUAUCUCGGCAUAGGAGGAGACAUAGGAAUGCUGUUGAUAGCUGUAUUUACUGCUUCCGGCCAUUUUAUAACGUCGGAAAUUUAGUGACACACAUGAAACGUGAGCACAGGCAUGCCGAACGGAAGGUCAAAGUGGAUGAUUCUAAAUUCAGAAAUCAAAAAUUGUCGGGAUGUUGUAAAGAAAACAGAGAACGGUACAUGACCGAUAUUAAACAACAAGAUGAAGAUAAACAUAUUACUCUCAAUGACAAAGAAUCGAUCACCGAUAUUAGUUACCAAAGAGCUAAAAUGAGAAAAACAAACAAUAAAUGUUUAGUCACGGUUGUAGAUGACACAUAUAGCAAAUCAGAUUAUAAAGAUGAUAUGAAUGAAGAUGAGCUCUAUGAAGAUAAACUUCAAGAUGAGUUUGAAAACACUGAAGAUGAGCUCAGUAAUGAUACAGUAGAAAAUGAGGUUGAAAACAAAGACAUUUACUGUGCUCUUGAGCAAGAAGUAUACAUUUAUUGUAACAGUGAUAAUAACGAGUCUGACCAUUAUAUAGACAACACAACGAGCGAAAACAGAAGUAAAGAACAGAGAGAAGAAAUAGAUGAAGAAGGGAUAAUGAAAACCAUACACACCGAAAACAACGCUGAUGGAUAUAAUGAAACGGCAACAUCAACUGAGAAAGAUUCCAAAGACUCUGACAGAUAUUUAAGAAAUCUAAUGAACUGUGCUUUCUGUGAAUUCAGUGCUAGAAAUUUAAAAGAAUUACAAAAACACUUAGAUGAUCAUGACAAUGAUAUAGAUAUCCCAGAAUGUACUGAUGACGACAAUUUACCUGAGAACUCUGAUACCAGUCUAAUAGACAACACAUCUCUGUCCGAAACAAGUAUAAUUAUGGACAAUGAGAAUAACAUGUUUUUAUGCAUGCAAAGUAUUGGAACCGGAAGCAACACCACAGAUGAAGAGACCAGUCUUCUGAAAACAACAGACUCGGCCGACAAAGUGUUAAGAAUUGUAGAUGACGCUAAAAGUAUAUGCGGAAGCAAAAGUUCGACAGACUCACAUUCUGUCCAAUACCCUGAAAAAUCAACUGAUGUUUUAAAUAUAUUCAGUGUAUGUGCGUCCAAGAUUGAAAAUGAUGAUGAAUUCAAAAAGAGGCCAUUUGCCUGCUCCAAGUGCUUUUUUAAAACAGGUAACCUGGAACACUUAAAAAUUCACGUAGAAGCCCAUCUGUAUGACAAUAUAAGAACAGCACAUAGAGUUAAACGAAGAAAUUUGUCUCACGGGACAGUAAUCCAGCAUCAAGGAAAUAACAACUUAAACGAUGCAACGAUUCAACAGAAGGAUUUACGGUACGCUGAAAGUGAUGAAAAUUGUCUUAUUGGAAGGCUCAGUAAGAAAGAUUUUAAGAAACAUAGAAAGUGUUACACAGAACAUUCAACAGAUGAAGAGACAACUUUUAAAUGUUUGAUUUGUGAGAUAGGUCAUUUCAAAUCCAAAGAAUCAAUAAAGGAACAUUUUUUGGAGAGACAUAAGAAACUGAGAGAAAAAAUUUGUGAAACUUGUUCUCAUUGUUCAAAACCGUUUCCGUAGUGACCAUUGUUCAAAACCAUUUCCGUAGUGACUAAAAGUUGGAUUUCUGUAGCUGUCUCACAACUGUUUACAUUGAAACGUUUAAUGAAAAGUGUUGAAAUAUGUAUUCUCCUUGUAAUAGUAUGUGUAUGAUUGUCUUAUUUAUUGGAAAGAGAAGAAAUACUUUUAUGACAAAGUGCGAUGACUUAAUUGUUACCGCAAUGUUGCACGUAUAUACUUUUGUAGUACAUCAGCAUAAAUGAAAUACACUGACUUGCGAUUUUUUUUUCGUUUACAUAUUUAACUGAUGAUAUUAACUAACUCUCCUUAUUUUAAACAGGAAAUACUUUUUUUAAUGUCAUACGCCUGCGGAAUAAUUUUACGAGGGCGUAGCUCGAGUGACUCGUGCUCGCAGCGUUAAACCGAUUCGUAAUGUUGCGAUAUAUUUAAAUAUGGUUCUGCUAUAUAUAUUUUCGAUUCUUGUAUGUCUUAUGUAAACUAUAUAUAUUUUCGAUUCUUGUAUGUCUUUGGUAAACAAGUAGAUGAAAUUGAGAAACAAAAUUACAUUACUUAUGUACGGCGCCAGAUGAAGUAGGUCGAAGUGUUGUCAGCG